CCGCCCGUGCCGGGGCAGCCCAGAGGCACCAGCGAGACACCGUCCAGGCGGCGGGACAGAGCGGGGCCGCCAUGGCGGCGGAGGAGGAGUACGAGUCCGUGUUGUGCGUGAARCCGGCGGUGCUCGUGUACCGGGUCCCGCCGCGGGCCUCCAACCGCGGCUACAGAGCYGCGGAGUGGCAGCUGGACCAGCCGGCCUGGAGCGGGCGCCUGCGGAUCACRGCCAAGGGCAGCAUGGCCUUCAUCAAGUUGGAGGACAAGACCUCGGGAGAGCUCUUUGCCCAGGCUCCCGUGGARCAGUUCCCUGGCAUCGCUGUGGAGAGUGUGACAGACUCCAGCAGAUACUUUGUCAUCCGGAUCGAAGAUGGGAACGGCCGCCGCGCUUUCAUCGGGGUCGGCUUUGUGGACCGAGGGGAUGCCUUUGACUUCAACGUGGCUCUCCAGGACCACUUCAAGUGGGUGAGGCAGCAGAGCGAGCUGGCCCGGCAGGCCCAGGACCCGGAGCAGGGACGCAAACUGGAUCUGGGCUUCAAGGAGGGACAAACCAUCAAACUCAACAUCGCUAACAUGAAGAAGAAAGAAGGAGCUUCAGGGAGCAGCAGGCCCCGUCCUGCAGGGCCUGGGGGCCUGAGCUUGCUGCCACCACCCCCCGGAGGAAAAUCAGGCUCCAGAGAGCGGCCGGCUCUGCUGUCCACAUCCACCCAGCUCCCGGGAACGCCCAUCACGGACUCGCCGUUGUUCUGGCCUCAGUCCUCCGCUGCUCCCACCGCCGAUGUCUGGGGAGACUUUGCCAAAGCUUCAGGGUCGGCUCCUAACCAGACUCAGGGCAAUACUGGCUGGGUUCAGUUCUGAGCCCAGCCCCUGUGGCUGCUSGAUCCUUGCAAUUCCUUUGGGGCCAAAGAAGCAGCUUCAGAACACCUCACUCCUGCCUUCAAACCCUGCCCAGCACCGAAAUGCUGGAAUAAGAGCUGGGAGGAAACAGCCAUGUGCCUUAGAACACUCCACAGCCUGUGCCUGCCACACCCUGGGGCUGUUCCUGGGUCGUGAGAGACCUCGGGGGGCCUCUCUUUGGGGAAGAACCAUCAGGUCCAAAACCUCUCCCUGAUGAGGAGAGGCUGAGCAGGAGCUUGGGGUCUCCUCAGAGGUUUCUCUGCCUUCUCCUUCUUUUGGAUCGACACAGCAUUCUCCUGGAGACAUCCCACCUCCCAAAUCCACACCAGCCUUUCCCUGCCAGGAUGCCAAGCAUCGCCUGGAUUUUCUUCUGAGCACUUAMCCAGGGUGUGGGGAGCCUGAUCCCAGCAUUUCCAUGCUGAAAUUCCUCWUUUCUUACUCUGGGAAGUUUGUUUUACUGCUCCUCUAUUUUGAAGACACGAUUUUUUACUCCUCUCCAUGGAUAUUUUAUUAAGGACAGAACGGAGUCGGGCUCCUGGACAGAGCAGGGGUUGUGAUUCCUCUUGAAACAAAUAAAUAUUUUCUUACCUAUUUAUACUGAGGCUUUUCUGAGUAUGAAACUCCACUUUUGUUUUUGUCCAAGCCCUUGGAUUCUCCCAUCUCCAACUGAAUGACGGGCAUUUUGCUUUCAGAGCUUUUCYGUGGGCCUGGCAGCAAAUCCAGGUGAGAAUGUAACGCUUCCAAGUGAACAAUAAAAUGGUUUUGAUGCCAGAUU